UCAUACGACCAUGAUGACACUGCUGUUGAAUGGAAUGGUUGGUAUCGGCUGUAUUUGAAUGGAGAAAGUGCUCAGCUGUCUGAGUGGUGUGUGACACUCGCAAGAUGUGGUGGUGAAGUUGGACUUUAUCUCAAUGCUUCUCAUCCACAACUUGAGGAUGGGGUGGUGACCCGUGAAGUCUUGGGAUCUUCAAGUUCGUGGUGGAACUCCAACCAAUGUGGCUAUUUUAGAUCUACCUCCAUUCAAGUCAAAGCCUGUCCAGGAGAUUAUUAUGUCUAUAAACUUGACAAACCUGAUGUGUCAAUCCCUAGGCCUACAUACUGUGCAGUUGCAUUCAGCAGCAUCAGUAAUGAUCCUUGUUACAACUAUGAAUCUCUGGAUCGUCCCUGGAGAGCUACAGAUGAAACUGGAUUUUACAUUUGUGAUGAAUCCUUCUCCUGGAAUGGCUGGUACAGACUUUUUUACAAUGGAGCGAACAUCCGAAUGCCAGAGAGCUGUGUUAAUGCAGGCAGCUGUAACACACAAUACAGUCUGUCGCUCGCUGGUCCUCACCCUCAAGUAGAGGAUGGAGUGGUGACCAUGGAGGUCUGUACAAGAACAUGGGCAUGGUAUUCCAGCUAUGAUUUGAAGCAAACACCCAUCAGAGUUAAAGCUUGCCCAGGCGAUUACUAUGUUUAUGAACUUGUGAAUCAACCAGCAUAUGGGUGUUCAGGGUAUUGUACAGAUGUCAGCACAAUAUCUCUGGUUUCCACUACAAGUCCAGCUACCAGUCCUGGAUUCAGCAUGACUUUGAAUUAUGACCCAUGCUAUAACUACAACAUUCUUGACAAUUACUGGAGAAGCACACUCUGGUAUAUGUCUGGAUAUGAUGACACUCGUGUUGAAUGGGAUGGCUGGUAUCGAUUUUUCAUUAAUGGAUCGAGUGCUCAGAUGCCCGAGUGGUGUUUCAGUUAUAUGUCAUGUGGAGGUUUUAGUUCUCUGUGGCUUGGUGGCCCUCAUCCUCAGCCAGAAGAUGGAGUUGUUACCCGUGAAAUAUAUGGCUCUGUUAAUGAUCAGUGCAGUUCCUACACAUCCAACCCCAUCCAAGUCAAAGCUUGUCCUGGAAAUGUCUAUGUCUACAGACUUUUAAGGCCAAAACCAUCAAUCCCACUGCCUGUAUAUUGUGCAGUUUUAUUUAACACUCCAAAUACUGAUCCCUGCUAUGACUACACCAGUCUGGACGACCCCUGGAGAGCCACUGACAAUUAUUACAACAAUUACAUGUGUGAUUAUAAUGUCAACUGGAACGGCUGGUACAGGCUCU